CCGUGAGGUCACCACUGUGUCCGGACUGCCGCGUCCAGGUCAGGAUGGACCUGAAGAGAACCGAACAUGGUCACAACAUGAACACGCUGUACGGAGAAUUCACGGCCAGCGGUAACCAAAAGGUCAGGUGCGCCGUGAGCCUGACUGACAGGGAGCUCGUCGUCCAGCGUCUCACCUCGAUACCAGCGGGCCGGAACCGAGUGGUCCUCAGCUUGAAGGACUGCGUCGGAUGCCGGGCGUACCGGGAAGAUGACAACGCGGACUCGGCGGCUUACCUGUCCGUCUAUUUUUACCCGUUUAAGCGGCGUUGGGUUGGCUCCGGGCUCUCGCGGCAGAGAGUGGAACAGUGUUUUCGUCUCGCCGCGGUCCAGGACCCGCGAGCCAACCUCGACGAGGCGGAGAAGUGGGCUCGCGCCGUCCGGGAGCGCUCGAACCGGUGUCGGCACCAUCGAGACGGGGUGCCGCCGAGUGAGCCGUCGCAUCCAUGCCGGAUGCUGCUGCUGGUAAAUCCGCACAGCGGGAAAGGACAGGCGCUCGUGCUCUACAACAAUCACGUCAAGCGGAUGCUCAACGAGGCCGGCGUGCUGCACACGCUGGUCAUCACCGAACGUCAGAAUCAUGCCCGCGAGUUGGUGAGGGAGGCUGACCUGUCCCAGUGGGACGCUCUGGUCAUCAUGUCAGGAGACGGUCUUCUGUUUGAGGUGAUAAAUGGUCUCCUGGACAGAUCAGACUGGAAGGAGGCGAUCCAAACACCGCUUGGUAUACUUCCUGGCGGCUCAGGCAAUGCCUUGGCUGCGUCCAUACAUCACUACGCAGGUGCCUCUUUGGUGUCCAGUGAGGAGCUCCUGGUCAGCUGUGGCUUCCUUCUUUGUAAAGGCGUGGUGUCCCGCAUGGAUCUGGUCUCGGUACACCUCUUCUCGGGCACUCGCCUCUUCUCCUUCCUCUCGCUGGCGUGGGGCUUCGUGGCUGACGUGGACAUUGAGAGCGAGAAGUACCGUCACGUCGGAGCAGUUCGCUUCACCGUGGGCACUCUGGUGAGGUUGGCGUCUCUUCGCGUCUACAAGGGCAAGCUGGCCUACUUGCCCCUGGAGGCAGAUUGCAACCGGAUGGGAUCCAGAAAUAGCAACAAUCACAGCCCCACCUUGCACAACUCCAGAGACUGUCCUUUGCAGAACUCUUUCCACAACUCCUGCCACUCCAACAACUCCCUUAAGGCGAGGAGAUUCGAGCGUUUACACAGCUCCAGCAAAACUCAGACGGGCCUGUGGGAUUCAGUGCUCCCGCGGCUGGAGGAGCCUCUCCCAGGGAACUGGGUGGUGGUCCCAGAAGAAGACUUUGUCCUGGUGCUGGCCAUAUACCAGUCCCACCUGGCCGAGGACCUGCUGGCUGCGCCGGACGCCACCCUGGACGACGGCGUCAUUCAUUUGUUCUACGUCAAAGCAGGAAUAUCCCGCGCCGCAUUGCUCAGGCUCUUCCUCGCCAUGGAAAAGGGCACACACGUGACGUCCAGCUGUGCACAUCUGGUGCACACCAAGGUGCGGGCGCUCAGGAUGGAGCCAUAUUCUCCCAAAGGGAUUAUAACCGUGGAUGGAGAGGUGGUGGAAUAUGGGCCAGUGCAAGCAGAGGUGCACCAGGGCCUCGCGAGACUCAUCAGUGCAUGAACUUGAAUGACCUGACACUUAUAUAUACACACGCACACACACUUUUGCACCUACCUGUAGGCAAUUUCCAUCCAUUCAUGCAUUUCCAUUCUAACUAAUAUUGUAUUUAUUUGUGCGAUUGUUUACGAAAUAGCAACAACUACAGCAAGGAAGCUGGAACCCCAAAACAUGAAGUGCAAACAUAAAAGAAAUGUUCAGAAUUCAUUUUCUUGCCCCUCUUCAUUUGAUCAUGCAAACACGUGCUCGUCUCUGUGAAUUCAGUCUUGCCGCAUAUGGAAGCCUGUUUUUAGUCCAGCUUCCACCUUGUUGCUUUCACAUUUCAAAAUGUUUAAAUCUUGUUAAGCAGGGUUCUUCUUUUCUAUUUCUCAAUUGAGAUGCACAUAUCAUGUACUGUACAUGCAUGUUUGUAGAAUGUCACCCCGCCAACAAGGACGAAUAAUAAUUAUAAUAGAGCGAUGGCAUCAAAAUAACCCCGAAACACACAUUAACAAUUCUCACCGAGGUGUCCUUACUGCACUAAUGAUUGUAAAACCGACUGUUAAGUGUGGCUUUUGUCCGUUUUAUUUGAUUCCAAAGAUCUCGCAAUUGGAUUGUGAUUCCUUUCCGAUUGUCAUCAACUUGAGGGACCUGAUGAUUGGC